CUUUGUACAUUUAUUAAUUGUAUAGAGUAUGAACUUAUUAAGAAACUCAAGUUUCCGUUACAUAGUGAGAUAUAAAAGUACAUCACCAAAAAUGAAGAUCAAAAAGAUGGCACCGGUAUACCUAUGCUCUGAAGAAACUUCUUACUCUAAGGCUGCAGAGUUUUUAGGUUCCGGACAAGUUAUUGCUGUUCCUACAGAUACAAUAUAUGGAUUGGCAUGUAGCGCCAAUUGUCCUGAAGCAAUAAAAAAACUUUAUGCAAUAAAGGGAAGAGAUUCGGCCAAACCUGUAGCAAUAUGUGUUACAUACAUAAAUGAUGUACGUAAAUGGGGAGAAGCAGAGCAUUUGAAUGAUAGUCUACUCAGUGGUUUGCUACCUGGACCUGUUACAGUAGUUCUAGAAAGAACAAAAUACUUGGACAAUCCAAUGUUAAAUCCGAUGACAACAAAAAUUGGCAUACGUAUUCCCAAACACAGUUUUAUGAACCAAGUGACAAAAAUUUUUGAUAUGCCCGUUGCAUUAACUAGUGCCAACUUUAGUAAUGAACCAUCUACUUUAUCUAUCACGGAGUUCCAGCACCUAUUCGGACAAUUAGGUGCAGUGUUUGACGGUGGGCUCCUGAGUCAUGGUUUAGACGAAAACAGAACUGGAUCAACCGUCAUAGAUUUGUCCAAACAGGGACAUUAUAAGGUCAUACGUAGAGGUAUUUCGUAUGAAAACAUUGUUAGAAUUUUGAACAGUCAUGGACUGAAAAGUAUUAUUGAUUAGAUUAUUUAUUAAUUUUGUGUCUAUCAUCUAUUCAUU